AUGUUUACAAUUAUAUACAGUAAAUAUACUUAUAAGAAAUCAAAUUACAAAUCUUCUAUUCAUUUAUGGCGCGAAAAUCUUAGUGUUGAUGUUAAUGCACUUAAUUUAUAUGGUGAAUCGGCACUAUCAACAGCUACAUAUUAUAAUCAAGUUCUUUGUGUUGAAUAUCUCUUGGCAAAUAAAGCCGAUCCAAAAUUACGUCUUCCGGCUGGACAUACAGCAAUUCAUAUUGCUUAUCGAUUAGGUAAUGUACCAAUUUUACAUAUGUUAUUAUCAAUAAGAAAAGAAGAAAAUAUUAAUAUUGAAGAACACCAACAACAAGAAGAUAAACAUAUUUAUGAAUGUUUAAAAAUGAAAGAUAAUUCAAAUUUAACACCUAUUCUUUGA